AGUCAAUGUACUACAUUGUGUACUACGAGUACAGGUUCAGUGUUAUUGUUAUUGAUCAAAUUAUAUUCUACUGGUUUUAGCAUACAAAUUAAAAAUGGCAAAUGAUUCAAAAGGAGUGAAUGCAGAUCUCAUAAAAGAGAGGAAGAAGUGCAACUUCGAUGUGCAGGAGCUUAUACACUUCAUCGAUGGCGGCGAGCAAGGCACGAAGGACAGGAGAGAAGUAGAGGGAUUGGCCCUUCAAGUGAAGGAGGUAAAUGAUGAGAUUCCCGAAGAAUACCUUAGCCACAUGGGCAAAUACCAGAAUGCUGUGAGGAAGGCCACCGCUCUCAUCGACGUGCUGAAGGACCAUGCGCUGAAACAUUCCUCGUUUGACGCUUAUAGACCCACCAACAUGUACCGGGUGCAGUCACUGGUGCAGCAACAGAUGCCACUUCUGCUUCACAUGGGAAUGUUCGUGCCCACCAUCAUCGGGCAGGCCUCGCCUGACCAGCAGGCCGAGUGGCUGCCCAAAGCACUCUCCAUGCAGAUUAUUGGCACUUAUGCACAGACAGAACUGGGCCACGGGACGUUCCUUAGAGGGCUAGAGACGACGGCCACGUAUGACUCCAACACCGAGGAGUUCGUGCUGCACACGCCCUCACUCACCGCCUACAAAUGGUGGCCUGGAGGAUUGGGCCAAACCGCCAACCACUGCAUCGUAGUGGCUCAGCUGUACACAAAAGGACAAUGCCAUGGAGUCCACCCCUUUAUAGUGCAAAUAAGGGACAGUGAGACCCACAUGCCAUUGCCGGGGAUAAAAGUGGGGGAAAUUGGCCCCAAGUUAGGGUACCAGACUGCAAACAAUGGAUUCUUGGCGUUCGAUAACUUCAGGAUACCCCGGGACAACAUGCUGAUGAAGAACGCUCAAGUACAGAAGGAUGGCACGUACAUCAAGGCCAAGAGCGAGAAGCUGACGUACGGCACGAUGAUGCUGAUCCGCGUCAUGAUCGUCACGGACAUGGCGUACGAGCUGUCCCGCGCCGCCACCAUCGCCGUCCGCUACUCCGCCGUGCGCCACCAGUCGCAGCCCAAGCCUGAUCAGCCCGAGCCCCAAAUCCUGGACUAUGUGACGCAGCAGCACAAGCUGUUCAUCGCCAUCGCGACCAGCCACGCGUACAGGCUCACCGGCAACUGGCUCUGGUCCACCUACUCGCAGGUCACGCACGACCUGGACAAGGGGAAGCUGGACCACUUGCCUGAGCUCCACGCGUUAUCCUGCUGCCUCAAAGCAGUCUGCAGCUACGAUUCCACGCUAAUAGUUGAGCGCUGUCGACUGGCGUGCGGCGGCCACGGGUACAUGACGUCGUCCAACUUUCCCGUCAUUUACGGCGUCACGGCCGCCGCCAUCACUCUGGAAGGGGAAUACAGCGUGCUACUAUUGCAGACGGCGAGGUACCUCGUAAAGGCUUGGGAGCAAGCGAGAGAGGGAAAAGUGAUGACUCCCACAGUAUCGUACAUGGUACACUUCAUCAAGAACCGGCUCAAGUGGGCCAACACACCCGAAGGCAUCAUCGCCAGCUUCCAGGCUGUAGCUGCAGGUAAAACAAAGGCAGCGUACGACGCACUUCAGAAGUACAAGAAAGCCGGCAAUGACUAUGAAGAUUCGUGGAACUUGGCAUCAGUCCAGCUCGCCAAUGCUAGUGAGGCCCACUGCCGCGCCAUAAUCUGCGAGGUGUUAUGGAAAGAGAUGCAGAGGCUGACCCCGACGCUGUCUCCAGCUCUGGCUAAAGUCCUGCUGCAGCUGGCGGAGUUAUACCUGGUCUAUUGGGCACUGGAGAAGAGUGGGGAUUUGCUGGAGUAUUCGAGUAUAUCGAGCAAAGACCUGACACUGCUGCGGCAGCGGUACGAGGAGUUGCUGGCCGCCAUCAGGCCGAACGCCGUCGGCCUGGUCGACGGGUUCGACAUUAGGGAUCAGAUUCUGAACUCGACCCUGGGAGCAUACGACGGUCGCGUGUACGAGCGGCUGAUGGACGAAGCCCUGAAGAGCCCCCUUAACCAGAAACCAGUCGACGAGUCCUUCCACAAGUACCUCAAGCCCUUCAUGCAGAAGUCCAAACUGUGAUACUACUGUUAAUCUAUUAAAGCAUUUCACAUGACAUGCAUAAGACAAGUAACCAACGUGAGUUAGUUUAUGGGUAGUUCAAUAGGUACUUAAUAGCGAGCUGUAACUGUAACCAAAAAAUAAAUAAUAUACGGUUUGCAGCGCUUUGACGAUGAUUCAGUCAGUCAAUAAUAUUAAUUAAUCAUUUGCAACCCUAGAAUCCUAUCAAUGUAUCUGGUGGUUACAUUUACAGCUUGCUGAUAAGGCAACGGCCUAAAAAGAUGAAGUUUAUAGAAUCGAAAAGUGUUUAUUUUUGUAAAAUAUUUAUGGGUAUUUUUAAUCUUAGGCAAUUUUAUUUAAACAUUUGGGGAGGUUUUAUGUGUUUAGUGGCCAAAGAAAAGAUUGUGUAAGAGAAAUGUUGUACAUAAUAUGUAAUUUAUUAAUAAAAUAGUAUUUUUGUA